UACAAACUGAGCAAACUCAGCAAACCAACGCGAAGCAGCAGGAACCAAUGAGGGCUCGGCUGAGCUUGGCGAGUUAAUUUGUUGAACCAAGAUAUGUUUGUUGAUGCUAAUGCAUCUCAUCUGGCGCCAAAUCAUCCAGCUUGCUUCUCUUCCCAACAAUCAAUCACCCCGCAUCGACCCCUCCAUGCCCCUUCUUACAUGUCACCACUCCACCAAUGCUUCGCCGGCCAAGGUGUGACGCGGCUCCUGGCCAGUGGUUGCUUGCUGGGGUCUACCGGUCAGGGAACAGCAGCGGUUUCGCUCUCGGGGUUAUGGGUGCACCGGAGCUAUAGCAGCGGCAGCGGCAAGCUGGCGACGGGGAAGGGAAAUGGGAGACGGUUGAAGGCGAAUAAUGGUGCUUAUGCUGGUGGUUUCGGGUAUGGGCAUGGGUAUGAUGGGUAUCCGCUCCAAUGGACACAGGGUCUGUGUUCAAGCUCCGGGGCACGGGUGAAGACGACACCGGGUGCUAGAAGCGCUACUUGGUUUAUAAAGGAUCCAACGCGGGUGAUGCCCUCGGAUGUGAUGUCGAAACUACCAAGCCUUCCACAGAGCGACGACAUCUCUCACACUGUCCCUAUCUUACUCGUGACCCCCGCGUUUGCUUCUUGGGUAGUGAACCCCCAUUCCUUCCUACGCGAAUCGAUAACGCACCUUUUCCAAAACACGCGACCCAACAUUUCUGGCGGACACGCUAGCUUUGUCUAUUCCGUGGUAGCGGUCGUAGAUAAACUACCCGUUCCUAGCACAAUUUCAAUUUUACGCGAAGGGAAAAAAUGCGGAGAUAAACUAGCUGGGCAACACGAGUAUGAAGGUAUAUCUCUCUUUCUCGCGGACGGAGAUGCUCUGACGGCCAAGGUGGCCCGGUCGCUUCAAAAUCGUGACAUGUCUACUCCUGAAACGGAACCUACAUUAUCCUACCUGUAUCGUCAAAUACCUACGAAAAGGGAUUCUCCAGUAGUAACCUCAUUCGUGGAAGUUGGCAUUCGACUGGCAAACACCGUCUUCCUGAACGGCAAACCCCGUACAAUGCUUGCCUCGCGCUGGCGCUAUAGCUCACACCCAGACUCAAGCCAUACCUCUCCCACACUAACGCUAGACAAGGAAUAUAAUCUCCUUAGCUGCCAGAUCAACGGUGCAACGAAACCUCACGAAGUCACCGCACGUGUGCCUCUCCGCCCAGUAACGAAGCCGCGGGUAAUAACCACAAGCAUGGGAAAUAUCAUCAGUCAGCUCCGACACCAGGACGAGGGAUCGAGCUCAACAAUACACGCAUCGGCAGAGCUGGAGAAAGCGCUUCCAGCGUAUCUUGAGGCAAAUAACCUACAAAAUCAGCGGGUGGCUGUUUGGGCUCUGGUGCAGCCUGUUUCGCCACAGGACGGGCCCCACGCUGCUUCGGGCAUGCCUGCUGCUGAUCCACUUGUUGUCAUCAAUGAGGGUGCCAGGCUUCACCGUGUAGUGAGCGGAGGAGGCGGGUGGGGUAAAAAGCAAGGACUUCUAUCAUUAGAUCCGGAAUAUAGUUACCAAACCGCCGGAGACGUCGCUUUGGGCUCCGGUCGGGUUCGGCCAGUACAUGAAAUCUUCGAAGAGGCGGCCCCCGGUUCAGAGGCAGCAGCAGAAGUCGAGGAGGACCGUGCGGUGAUGGCGAACCUAUUCGAUGAAGCUGUUCCGGGGUCGAUACAGUUCAAGGAUGGGCGGCUCACGACGGAUCUCUCUGAGAUUGCGAAAGAGGGAGAUACGGUGCAGUUUUUGGUGGCCCCCUUGGAUAGCCUACGGGCUUCUUCAUCGGCGACGGAGAAGGGAAAAAAGACCCCCGCAAUUGAUGCCGGUCAGGAGAAACGAACAAUGCAAGUAUCGUUUGGAGUCAUUCCAUCUUCUGAGGCGGAGUAUGGAGAGGAGAUGUCUGAUACUGAUACUGAUCAAGCCUCUGUGUCUGGUGGCGAUGGUGACGGUGACGGUGGAAUAGUCACUGUACCGAAUUAUUUUGGAGCGCUGUCAGAGAAAAGUUUGGUUUAUUCUAUAUUUAAUGAAAUGGUGUCUGAGAAUGGGAACGAUAGAGUAGGUCCUGGGCAACUGGUGCAUGGGACUAAAAUCGAUGUCCCUGGGUCGAGAAUCAUGAUUGAAAUCUGUUGAGUAAAGGGAAGCCUAGACCCUUUUGUGUACGAUAUCAUAGAAGUGACGAUCUGUACAUGUACAUAUACUACAACCUAUCAAAAAUAAUAAAUAGAUUCUGAAUGGAUA